UCUCAGAGAGGGAUUCCAAAUUCCAUCAUUCAUUCAUUCACUCGUCUCUUUGGCUAUUUAUACAUCUUUUCUAUCUCUCUCGCCGGCGCUGCAAAUCCCUAGAUUUCUCUCCUCUUCUUCGCUCCCCCCCAAAAAAAACACCACAAUUAUAUAUAUCAAUUAUAUUAAUCCCAAUUUUAACCUCAAUUUCUUCGUUGAUUGAUUGAGAGAGAGAGAGAGAGAGAGAGAGAGAGAGAGAAUCUCGAUUUCAUUUAUCAUUUGAUGCCGUGAAAUUUUCGCAAAUCAGAUUCAAAAAAGUGAAGGAAUGGUUAGCUGCUACCGUAAUCCUUUCGUCGUAGUGAAGGUUGAGAAUUAAACUUUUGGUUUUGUGAGUAACUUUCAUUGGAUCAGCUCUACCAGAUUUUGGUUUGUAACUUUUAUCUGAAGAUGGAUCGGUGCGAUACCUCAGGAUUCGUAAGCGGCGGUGGAGAUGCUUAUAAGGUCUUCUAACUCUUUUUUUUUUAGAGCUGUGGCUUUUUUCUCUCCUUAAACCCGGAAGUUGUUGUGUACUAUCUACUACUGGCUUCGCGUCUUCGCUCUUUUUGACGAAAGUUUUCAUUUUUAGUUGUGACUAUGCAUACUAGAUUCCAAAACAGUGCUUUUGCUGGUGGUAAUUCCUCAUCAUCCAACAACUCUUUUAAGAUACUGGGCCGCUCUCUUCAAGUUGAUGUCGCCGAGGCCGCGGAUACUACGCUGCGUCUUGAUUCCCUUGCCUCUCCGCUGUCUAAUGCCAAGGGAAUCAAAAGGAAGUGGAAUCUGAUUGAUGGAUCUGAUUCUUUACUUUCUUUAAGACUCGGUCACUCAACAAGCUCUUCUGAUAGCAAAGGGAGUUCUGCAACUGCUUGCACGAGUUUAUCUUCUGCUAAAGAAACUGAGGAGGCGUCCUCUAUGGAUAUUGAGCUCGACUUUAGUCUUCAUCUUGGCAACGAGAAACUGGCAGCAAGUAACAAAAAGCCAGCUAACUCCAGCGUGAAAGAGUUGUUGCAGGUCCCCUCCUCGAAAUUUGAUCUUGAACUGAGUCUUUCUGGUGGAGUAUCCUGUCAAUCUGAGAUCACUGCGCUCCAGCAGCACGCCAACCGAUUUCAAACUUUUGCGGACAUGCUACGUGCAACUAAUGAAGAAUCCACAUCAUGUGGUUGGAGGCCAGGGUUUGGAUUACCAACAUUGCAAGCCUCGUCAAGCAAAGAAACGAGCUCUUUCUCAGGCCAUGUUCCAAAGAAUAUCAUCAUUCCUGCUGCUCAUGUUCUGGAACUGUCAUCUAGCACAGCAGCAACUACUCCAAUAAGCUCUGGUACAUGUACUUCCGGUUUAUCUCACCAGCUGAAGCCACAGCUUAAGAAUUCUUCUAAUUCCAAGUUAUGUCAAGUAGAAGGAUGUCAAAAGGGAGCAAGAGGCGCAUCCGGCCGUUGCAUUUCCCAUGGUGGUGGACGUAGAUGCCAGAAACAUGGUUGCCACAAGGGCGCUGAAGGUAGAACUGUGUACUGUAAAGCCCAUGGAGGUGGUCGUCGAUGUGAAUUUCUCGGAUGCACCAAAAGCGCAGAAGGCCGUACUGACUUCUGUAUAGCUCAUGGAGGGGGUCGAAGAUGCAGCCAUGAAGAUUGCACACGAGCUGCUAGGGGAAGAUCAGGACUCUGUAUCAGGCACGGUGGAGGAAAGAGAUGCCAAAAAGAGAACUGCACGAAAAGCGCUGAAGGCCUUUCAGGACUCUGCAUCUCUCAUGGUGGUGGUCGGCGAUGUCAAUCUAAUGGAUGCACAAAAGGAGCACAAGGGAGUACAAUGUUCUGCAAGGCACACGGUGGUGGUAAACGAUGUACACACUCGGGUUGCACCAAAGGAGCAGAAGGAAGCACGCCGUUUUGUAAAGGACAUGGAGGGGGUAAAAGAUGUGCCUUUCAAGGAGGUGAUCCAUGUUCCAAGAGUGUUCAUGGCGGUACCAAUUUCUGUGUGGCUCAUGGCGGUGGUAAGAGAUGUGCGGUUCCCGAAUGCACAAAGAGUGCUAGAGGAAGGACUGAUUUCUGUGUCAGACAUGGUGGAGGAAAGAGAUGCAAGUCUGAAGGAUGUGGCAAAAGUGCUCAAGGUAGUACUGACUUUUGCAAAGCACAUGGAGGAGGGAAACGGUGUGCGUGGGGUCAGCCCGAGACUGAGUAUGCGGGACAAUCCUCUUCUGGUCCUUGUACCUCGUUUGCUCGAGGUAAGACUGGUCUUUGUGCACUCCAUAACAGUCUGGUUCAGGAUAACCGGGUCCAUGGAGGAAUGACUGUAACUUCCGAGAGCCAAGAACCGAGAGUAAGCAGCAGCGAAACAGAGAACGAGGAGGAGUUCAGCGGUUCUCAAGACAUGAACAUCGAUACAAUGAAAGCAAGAAGUGCUACAGGAUCUCCAGAGACUGAUGUUGAUCUCAAUGAGUAUGAAGCAGGAUUGGGGUUAGCUCCAGAAGGAAGAGUCCAUGGUGGAAGUUUGAUGAUGGCGAUGUUGGGCAGAGAUGGUGGCUCUGGCUCUACCGAUGGGCAGGUGAGGCCAAAGAGGUGGAUGUAAUUGUCUUCAGUUUGAUUCCAGUCUUCAAUUCAACGCUGGUGGUUUAUGUUGCCACCAGAGAGUGAAAAGGGGAGUCUGUUUAUUCUAGUUUUAGGUUUGCUUAGAGAGUCGAAAAAGUAUCCAAAGUCUGUGUCUUUGUGUCUUGUUUGAUCUCAUUGUCUUGUAGAUAUUGAAUUAAGGGUCGAAGCAAAGGUUAUUGUGAUAGUGUGAAUUAUACAGGUAAAAGCCCACCUGUGAAUUGUCAAAACAGUCUUUAUGAUGA